AUGAAAAUGAUGAAUAAUCCUCACCAGAAAUCACGAUCGUCUUCACGACAGGGUAAACCCCUUGUCAAUUGUAUUCGAUUAAAUCAUGCCAUUAAAUUUUCAUUAUUACCUUAUGAAAGCAUUCUUGAAGCUAAUAGUAAACAUCAUAAACGAAAUCGAAAUCGAUCCAAUCAUGAUGACAUUGAAGGUUCAAAAAUGAUCAUUAAUGAUGAAUAUGCUAAUUCCUUAGACAUCAUUGAACAAGAAUUAUUUUAUCAAUUAAUCUAUAAAACUUCAAAAACUACUCAUCUUAAUGGAAGUCAUAAAUCAAAGAUACUUCUAAAGAAGAACGCUUUAAAUCGAAAAAAUGAAGAAUUAACCACAUCCCUUAUCAUUAAUACUAUCCUAGCUUUGAUAACUUAUUAUUUACGAGCUAAUUGUAUUAAGAAUUUUUCUAUUUUUCAACCUCAUCAAACUAAUGAUAUAAUGCAAUUUAGAAAUGAAUUAUUUAAUUUAGCUUCGAAAUAUUAUGGAUUGGCAAUUAAUAAACUACGGAAAUUAUUAACUUUAAAGAAUCAUCAUUAUUAUUAUUAUACUCAUAAUAUCACUAUUGGAUUAAUUUGUUCUUCAUUAUUAAAUAAAACCUCCAUUUAUCAAUAUUCAAAUUUAAAUCAUCUGAUAACGUUUUCAAAGGGGUUUAUAAGUAUAUUCAAUGAUUUAUUAUCUUCUAAUGAUGAUAAUGCUGAACAAAAUAUGGCUAUAGAUAAUAAUAAUAAUCUUACUUGGAUUGUUAAUUUUUUAAUCUUUGCUUCAAAAACAAUAUAUUUCCCCCCUUAUAAUCCUAAAUUGUUAUUAGAGUUUAAACAAGUGUUGGAUAAAUUUAAACAAAUCUUAACUCAAAACAUGUUAUCAUCACAUGGAGUUAUCCCAUUAGAAUCAUGGACAUUGAUCAUAUUCAAUUUUAAUCAUUUGUAUAAUUAUUUGAAUCAAUUAUUACAGAUUCUAGCUACAACUCCUUCCACCACAGAUAUAAGUCCUAUAAUCUUAUAUAAAUUAUUAAGACAUUGGUUAAUCAUCUUACCAUCUAAAAUAUUCAUCGUGGAGAAUUUAAUUAAUCAAUUUGAGAUAUGUCUCAUGUACUUAUUCAAGACUUUAACUCAUAUUUUAGAUAAUAUAUUCCCUCAAGUUAAUUUCUUCUUUUUACAAAAUUUCAGUGGGAAUGGAAUUAAAUUAUGGUAUGAACCAUUUCAUUAUAAUAUCGAUUUAGUCAAUUUCAUUCAUAAUAAAUCUAAUAAUCAUUUCGAAUUGAAUGAAAUUAAUAAAUAUUGUAUUAGAAUCAUUACAUUUUUAAAGAAACGUUAUAAUAUCCUUUCGAUAUUUUUUGGUGAUCAACAAAAAUCAAAUAUCAUAAGUCCCGAAAGAGUAAGAUCAAAUCUUAAUGAAGUUAUGAUUCAUAAAUUCUGGAAUCUGAAUCCAAUCCAAUAUUAUAAUUAUAUGCAUUUACCUAAUGUGAUUAAUUUAUCAAAUCAAAGAUUAAUCAAUUUAUUAAAAAAGAAAUCAAAUCGAAUGUUGAUUGAUCCAUUAGCUUCACUUUAUUAUUAUAAUCCCCAUCAUUUAAAUCAUUUUAAGAUAAAUUCUCAUACUCGAAUUAAAAAAUUGAAAACAAAUACCAUGGAUCCCAUAAUUCGAUUCCAUAUGAGUAAUCUUAUAACUUCCAACAAUACCAACUCUACCAUUUCAAAUGCUACACCAAUGUUAGCUCCUCAAUCCUCACCAUCAUCAUCUUCUUCAAUAACCACUCCAAGACAGAACAGAUCUCCUAAUGAUGAGUUUGAUUACCGAUUAUUAUCUCAUACUACUUUAGAAUAUGAUCAUCCAUCAAUUGAUACUGAAGAUGAAUUCCUUCAUCAUACAUACGUACAACAGCAACAGCAACGAAAUCAAUCCAUCAGUAGUAGUAGUAAUAGUAAUCAUAGUCAUGAAGAUGAUGAUGAUAAUGAUGAAGAUUUAUUCCAUAAGAAUCUUAAUGAAAAUGGUGAUGAUUGGUUUAAUUAUGAUCAUUUUAUUGCCCCUCAUUUCAGUCAUAUUUUCGCAUCAGCUUUAACUAAGGAUUAUGAAACUUUAUUAUUGAAAUUAAUCAAAAAGCAAGAUGAUUCAUCUCUUCCUCAAAGUUUAGAUGAUGAUCAACCUUUGGAAUAUAUUAAUUUCAAUAUGGAUUAUAAAACAGGGUUAUUGGUUAAUGAUAAAGAACCCUUACAUUUCAUUCUUGAUCUAGCUAAAGAAGAAGAACUUCGUUCAUCGAAUGAAUCAACAGGUACUGAAAAUGGAUCUGGAUCUGGAACUGGAACUGGAUCCGACACAUCUGAUAUUAAAUCUGAUUUCAAAACACCAACCACCACAUCAUCAACUCCAUCUACUGUAACUUCUAAUUCCAUUUCUUCCAGCACAUCUUCAUCUUCCCCUUCCACUACAGCUUCAAGUCAUGUUCAAAUCUAUACCCGGAAAUUACAAAACUUAUCUCAACAUAAUCAAGAGAUAUAUGAUAUCAUAAUGGAAUUUUAUAAUCUUAGGAAUAAACGUUUGACAGAAUUAAUUAAUAAUGAAAGUGAAGAUGACGAAUUUUAUGAUGAUUUAAAUCAAGGUUACUUCAAUUUAUGA